AUGACGAAGUACAAUAUGGAACCAAGGUACAUCGUGUCUGUUUUGAAAGACAAAGACUUAGAAAAUCCCAUGAGUAUUACUCAGAUAUACCGAGCUAGAUCAACAUACAGAUUGGGCAAGAGAGGUGCACUGAAAGAAAUGAAAAUUUUAUUGAGCCUUAUUCACCGAGAGAAAUACAUAUGUUGGUCUAGAAAUAAGGAGAAUUCAAAUAUUGUGGCUGAUAUCUUCAAGACAUGCCUUGAAUCUGUCAAGUUGUUGAAUAUGUUUCCUCUGGUGUUGUUUUUUGAUUGCACAUACAAGACAAAAAGGUACCGACUACCACUGCUUGAGAUUGUUGGUGUUACAUCAACAAAAUUGACGUUUUCAGUUGCUUUUGCAUAUUUGAAACAUGAAAGGGAGGAGAACUUCACAUGGGUUUCAUAUUUCAAAAAAAAUGUUAGCAUGAAAUGUAAAGAGUAUGUGAAAUCAGAAAUACAAGAACAUGUCAUGGAUCAGCGGAAUAACAUGAUGUGUUCAAAUACAGAAGACAAAUUUGAUGUACAUCUAAACCACUUCGAGAGUGUAUGUGGUGAUAUUCUAUCAUUUGUCAAGGUGGAUUAUGCAUAUUGGAGACUGAAGAACAUGUUGACUACAAGUCGUGCGGAUUUAUGUGCAAGCUGGGAGGCUGUGAACACAAUGUUGAAGUUGCAGCUAGGUUCCAUAAGAGUGUCGUUUCAAAAAAGUAUCGUCAACAUUGAGCAUCGUUAUAACCCUCCAUUCUAUUCUAAAUUGCAUAUUUUUGUUUCAAGACAGUGUAUUCAACUCAUUGGAAAGGAACUAGAAAGAGUCAAAUUUGUUGGUGCGAGCAAGCAGAUGUGUGGUUGUUACAUUAGAACAACACAUGGGUUACCGUGUGCGUAUCAGCUCGUCGGUUACCAAAUUCUAGGCAUACCUAUACCUUUGGAGUCUAUCCAUGUGUUUUGGACGAAAUUGCAAAUUUCAGAAUAUGAGGUGAGUCCUGACGAGACCAAGUGGGAUUUAGAAGAGGAGUGCGAAGAGUUGAAGCGACAAUUCAUGUGUCCACCGCCGGUGAAAUACAAACCAAAGAGAGGAGUUAAGAAGAGUAGAAAAAGUGAGGAAAAUGAUGUGCAUCGUGAUCCAAGUCAGUCAGAAUAUGAUGAUGCUUUGCAGAGGAGUCAGACUGCAAAGAGAUCAUGCACACAACCAAGUGGGAGUCAAUCAUCAACCAUGCCUAUUAAUGAAAAUUGUGGUUUCUGUUGUAUUUCAUCUGCAUUAGGAUUGAGGGAAGAUGCAUGUUAUAAUGUUCGAAGACAGUUGCAUACUCAAAUCCAGCAACACACAGAUUUGAUUUCCAAGUUGUUCUAUGACACUGUCUCUGAUGCUAGUAAUUCAUUACUCAUAAAACACUUGGGUGUUCAGGCUCCACCCCCAUACACGAGUCGACAUACAAUCAUUGUUGUUGGUUUUGUCAACCGUAAUCAUUGGGUUCAGGUGAAGUUGAGACCUGAUUGUCCACUGCCUCCCAUCAGUGAUAGUUGGAGAAAGAAUUGUUCUAAUAAUGCAAAAGCAUGGGAAUCAACAUAUGCGGGUCGGUUCAGACGCUGGGAAGAAUUGUCUAGGAAGUCAGAUAUUGGGAAGAAUUGUUCUAAUGAUGCAAAAACUAUAGUUUUGUUGUAA